UGUGGCAGCCAGGACCUGAAGUGCCCGCACUGAAGGAUAGAAAGGCUGCCGCGCGGGCCUUCUCUUAGGCUCCCGGAGACGUGGCCACCGCUCCUACCUCCAACGCAAGUAUUGGCCGGAGAACGCGGGCCUCUGGCGUAGGGAAGAAGGCUCCGGGCGCUUCGCGGCCCUCCUCGCCCAGCACGUGGGAGCUAGCGCUGCCAAGUCCUACCUGUGCCAAGCCCGCAUAGCAGGCGGGAUAUGCUGGGGAAGAAUCGUUGCUAAGCGCUACCCUAAAUAUCUUAGAAAUCCAAACGUUGAAGUAUUCGUUACUACUUAGGUUUAAAACUAAGUUGUAUACAUGAGGAGUGACUCCAUACCAAUCACAAUAUGUCAAGAAAGAAAAAAAGACCCAAUAGAAAUGUUUCAUUCUGGACAGCUGGUGAAAAUCUGUGCCCCAAUGGUUCGCUAUUCGAAGUUGGCUUUUAGAACGCUAGUAAGAAAAUACUCUUGUGAUCUGUGUUAUACACCAAUGAUAGUUGCUGCUGAUUUUGUCAGAUCUGUAAAAGCCAGAGACAGUGAAUUUACCACAAACCAAGGUGAUUGCCCAUUGAUUGUUCAGUUUGCUGCUAAUGAUGCAAGACUUUUAUCUGAUGCUGCCCAAAUCAUCUGCCCCUAUGCAAGUGGAAUAGAUAUUAACUGUGGUUGCCCUCAGAGGUGGGCAGUGGCAGAAGGUUAUGGAGCUUGCUUAAUAAACAAGCCAGAGCUCAUUCAAGAUAUGGUGAAACAAGUAAGAAAUCAAGUGGAAAAUCCUAGAUUUUCAGUUUCAAUUAAAAUAAGGAUCCAUGAUGACCUUAGAAGAACCAUAGAUCUUUGCCAGAAGGCUGAAGCAACCGGGGUGUCCUGGAUUACAGUUCAUGGAAGAACCACUGAAGAAAGACACCAACCUGUCCACUAUGAUGCCAUUAGAAUGAUAAAGGAAAGUGUGUCUAUACCUGUAGUUGCUAACGGAGACAUAAGAAACUUGAAAGAAGCAAAGACUGUGUGGCAGAUGACUGGGACAGAUGGUGUGAUGGUCGCAAGGGGACUUUUAGCAAACCCAGCUAUGUUUGCUGGAUAUGAAGAAACCCCACUGAAAUGUAUCUGGGACUGGGUUGACAUCGCUCUUGAACUUGGAACUCCUUUUAUGUGUUUCCAUCAACAUUUAAUGUACAUGAUGGAAAAGAUAACAUCAAGGCAGGAAAAAAGAUUAUUUAACGCCCUGUCGAGCACAUCUGCAGUCCUGGAUUACCUUACAGACAAUUAUGGUAUUUCCCUGUGCCCAGCUGCUCAGCCACCUCUUGUUGCUGCUACUGCCAACACUGGGACAGCAACUCCAUUUGCUGCUGUGGUUCUGUUGCUGUCCCUAAAGCCUGUGUUUCCUGAGAAUGUCAAACCCAUCGUAUUGCUUCACAGGUGGCAGAAGAUUUUUUCAUUUAGUGUCUGGGGUAAAAUUGCAAGUUUUUGGAACAAAGCUUUCCUUGCCAUUAUAGUACUAUUAAUCGUUCUAUUUUUAGAUGCUGUGAGAGAAGUAAGGAAAUAUUCCUCCACUCAAGUCACUGAGAAGAACUCAGCCAGCAGGCCUGGUGCCUAUGAGCACACACAGAUGAAGCUCUUUAGGUCCCAAAGAAACCUUUAUAUCUCUGGAUUCUCAUUAUUUUUUUGGCUAGUGUUGAGACGUCUGGUUACGCUUAUUACUCAGCUGGCCAAAGAAAUAACAAACAAAGGAGUACUUAAAACACAAGCAGAAAAUACCAAUAAGGCUGCCAAGAAAUUCAUGGAAGAGAAUGAAAAACUAAAAUGGGUACUAAAAAACCAUGGCAAGGAUGGAGAUCAAAUUUUGGACACUGAAAAUAAAAAACUAGUAGAAGACCAGGAAAAAUUGAAAAUUGAAUUGAAGAAGACUUCAGAUGCCCUUUUUAAAGCACAGAACGAUGUGAUGGCUAUGAAGAUACAGUCAGAGAGACUUUCCAAAGAAUAUGAUCGACUCCUGAAAGAACACUCAGAACUUCAGAACCGUUUAGAAAAAGACAAGAAGAAAAGCCUGUGAAUUAACAUCAGAAAAGAAGACUGUGAUACACCUUGUCAAGAAAAUAAAUUUGUUAUCAUGGUAUCCACUAAAACUUUCAGAAUUCAGCCCCCACCCCCGCCCACAAAAAAAGCUCCGCUAGCAACCAUAGGCUCACAUGACUGUGUAGUACUGAUGUCGAAAUACUUGAUAAUGCAUCAGUAAAGUAUGUUUCAGCUCUUUUGAAAAAUAUAAGCAUGUUAAAUGCCAUAUUUACAUAUUGCUAAUAACAUUGGUAUAUGGUAACUUUUUACCCAUAAAAGGAAAAGUUCAUUAGCCAUUUACUCCCAAAAUAGAUCUGAAGUUGCAUGAAACUAUUAUUAGCCUUGAAAUCUUUGAUGGGUUUUCAGUAAUAAUCAGUGGUGGUGAUGAAAAUGAUUUUUGAAAACAGUCCUCAGUCUGAAAAUUUGUUCCCAUAAUAGCCACUGUGUUUAUAGAAGAGAGUCAGAGAGAACACUGAAAACAAUGGCCUUAGGGUUUCUUAAGCCUGGUGAGUCUGUGAUUUCCUGCACAUAUGACAGCACUCUUGUUAGCUGCAUUUUUGUUACUGCACUUCUGUACCUAUUAGACUGUUUUUAUUGAUAUUUUGGUCAUGUAUAAUCAAUAUUCUACCUUUUCAAGUUCACCUGGUAAUAGAAUUUAUGUCCAUUUGCGUAACUGUCAUAACAUUGAAUUGAACUUAUGUUGCUCUGUGGUCUUCUCCACCUAGAAAGCUCACUUAGGACAUCCAAAAAGCCGUGCUUUUUAUGCUUGUGAAAGUUACUGAUUAUCCAGAUAUUACCUCAGUAUAUAUGCACUGGUAUCAUACAGGUCUCUCUACAAUAUUUCUUUGUUUUCAAAGUUAAAUACUGGUUUUCAUGCAAAUAUUCAUGUAAAGGUUGUAAUUAUAGUAACAUGAUUUAGGUUAUUUCAAUGUUUAACUGUAAAAUGCCACUUGUCUUAAAAUGAUUUAAAUAUAAAAUAUUUGGAGUUUUUA